AUGGAUACUCCGUUGGCAUCUCUCUCCCUAACUCAUGUCCACUAUAACCCCAAGGAUCCCCUGUCCUUCAUCUCCGCAUGGCUAGCUCUACUUCCCCAAGCCCUCUGCGUGUCUUAUGCCACUCUAUGUUGGGCAUCAAGAGAAAUGGAGGUCAUCUUAAUGUUUGCUGGGCAACUGGGCUGUGAAGCCUUAAACUUUCUGCUGAAACGCCUCAUCAAGGAAGAGCGACCGCGAGAAAUGUUCGGCAAGGGCUAUGGAAUGCCUUCAUCACAUGCUCAAUUCAUGACCUUCUUCGCCGUCUACCUCACCCUCUUCCUCCUCUUCCGACACACCCCGUCCUACGCAAACUCCUACCCCUACUCCGACUUCCUACUCCGGGGUGCCUUGACAGUGGGCCUCUGCGCAAGUGCAGUGGCCGUGUCGGCCAGUCGUGUCUACUUGAAUUAUCACACUCCCCGACAGGUUCUGGCUGGCUGUGGAGCCGGCUUCGUGUGCGCUUGUGGUUGGUUCGUGAUCACCGGUUUGCUUCGACGCCUGGGGUGGAUCGAUUGGGCCGCGGACCUGACAGUGUCCCGUUUGCUGCGAGUGCGCGACUUGUUGGUCAAUGAAGAUCUGGCCGAACCGGGCUGGCAACGGUGGGAGGCUAAGCGGUUGGAGCAGCGCCAAAAUGCGGCGCGCAAGUCGCAGUGA